AUGGCUAUGUCUCUGUCCAGCUUUCUACUUUCAAUAUCCUUCUUCUUGACCGCAGUGUACGCUGCCACCGUCACCUACGAUUUUGACGUCUCCUGGGUCUAUGCAAAUCCGGAUGGCGUCUAUAAUCGCCCGGUGAUUGGAGUCAAUGGCAAGUGGCCGCUCCCUCCCAUUACUGCGACCAAGGGGGAUCGUGUCGUUGUCAACGUCAAAAAUUCUCUUGGGAACGAGACGACCAGCCUUCACUUCCAUGGGUUAUUUCAGUUUGGUACCAACCACAUGGAUGGACCAAUUCAGGUCACACAGUGUCCAAUUCCUCCGGGAGGCUCCUUCACGUACAAUUUCACGAUUGAUCAACCAGGGACCUACUGGUACCACUCUCACACGAAGGGACAAUAUCCAGACGGCAUACGUGCGCCACUUAUCGUCCAUGACCCCGACUCCCCUCACAAAGAUCUCUAUGACGAGGAAAUUGUCAUAUCCUUCUCUGACUGGUACCAUGGCAUGAUGGGCCCGUUGCUUACCGACUUCAUCAGCAUCAGGAACCCGUCUGGCGCUGAGCCUGUCCCCAAUGCCGCCCUCGUCAACGACACGCAGAAUCUUACAGUCUCCAUUCAACCUGGGAAAACCUACCUCGUUCGGAUGGUGAACAUGGGUGCUUUUGCGGCGCAGUACGUCUGGUUCGAAGGUCACACGAUGAAAAUUGUCGAAGUCGACGGCAUCUACACCGAGCCGACCGAAGCCAACAUGCUAUACAUGACAGCAGCCCAGCGUUACAGCGUGCUCAUCACGGCGAAGAACAGUACCGACGCCAACUUUGCGUUUGUGGGGAGUAUGGAUCAGGAUCUCUUUGAUGUGGUUCCAGCGGGUCUCAACCCAAAUGUGACCGGCUGGUUGGUGUAUGAUGAGAAGAAGGAGAAGCCUGCAGCCAAGGAAAUCAAUGCCUUUGAGCCUUUUGAUGAUUUCACCCUCGUCCCGGAGGAUAAGCAGGGGAUUCUUGACAAGGUGGAUCAUUCGGUCACUCUGGAUAUGAAGAUGGAUAAUCUUGGGGAUGGCGCAAACUAUGCCUUCUUCAACGAUGUUACCUUCGUCCGAGCCAAAGUCCCAACCCUUUACACAGUCCUCACAAGCGGAUCUGAAGCCACCAAUCCCGUCAUCUACGGCGGCAAUACCAACCAAAUCCUCCUAAAGGGCAAUGAAACCGUCGAGAUCAUCCUAAAUAAUAAUGAUCCAGGAAAACACCCCUUCCAUCUCCACGGCCACGAAUUUCAAGUAGUAUCUCGCUCCGAAGACGAAGCCGGCGCCUACAUCUCCGACUCCUCCAUGCCACCAACUCCCAUGCGGCGUGACACAGUCCUUGUCCGACCGAACGGCCACAUUGUCCUCCGCUUCCGAGCCACCAACCCCGGUGUCUGGCUCUUCCAUUGCCACAUCGAAUGGCACGUAGCCUCUGGCCUCGUUGCCACAAUUAUCGAAGACCCUCUCACCCUGCAAGCCCAACUCGCCGGGAAAAUCCCCGCCAACCACCUCCAAGCGUGCAAGGAUAGCAACACGCCCAGUGAAGGCAAUGCCGCAGGGAAUACGAAAAAUCUACUUGAUCUAACGGGCCAGAAUAAGAGUCCGAGCCCCCUUCCAGCGGGUUUCACGGCGAGGGGGAUUGUGGCAUUGGUGUUCAGUUGUCUGGCGGCUUUCAUAGGAAUGGCGGUCAUUGGGCAGUAUGGGAUGGCGCCUGUGAAGGCGAAGACGGGGUGA